CCAACAUCGUCAGUGACUGCAACACACCCAUCUUCCACCAUGGCGACUGCAGCGACCCUGACCCCUUUGAACGCCUCGGACGGACCCUACCAGAAGCGCAAGAGGUCGCGCUCCCCGGAAAACUCGGAGCAGCCCCCUUCAAGUCGUCGCAGAGCGACAGCGACAGCUCGCAGCGCGCAUGGCCGCCCUUGAGCUCGAGAAGAUGGAGAAGGAGAAAGGCAAGGACGCCGCCGACAAGAAGGCGCCUGAGCUCGACGCAAAAGCCGAGCUCGCCAAGCUAACGAGCACGAAGUCUGGCGGUGUAUACAUGCCCCCCGCACGCCUGCGCGCCCUGCAGGAGGCUGCGUCGAAAGACAAGGCCAGCGCAGAGUAUCAACGCCUCUCGUGGGAUGCGCUGCGCAAGUCGAUUACCGGUAUAGUUAACCGAAUCAACGUCGCGAAUAUCAAGCACAUCAUGCCGGAGCUCUUCCAAGAGAAUCUUAUUCGCGGUCGAGGCUUGUUUGCGAGGAGCGUGAUGAAGGCCCAGUCGUCCAGUUUGCCCUUUACACCGGUAUUCGCGGCACUCGUGGCUAUCAUCAACACGAAGCUUCCUCAGGUUGGCGAGCUGGUCUUGACUCGGCUGAUCAGUCAGUUCCGACGAGCCUUCAAGCGUAAUGACAAAAUUGUCUGCCACUCUACGACGACUUUCAUUGCCCACCUCGUCAACCAGGGUGUCGCACAUGAGAUCAUCGCCCUCCAGAUCCUUGUUCUUCUGCUUGAGCGCCCGACCGACGACUCAAUUGAGAUCGCCGUGGGCUUCACGCGUGAAGUCGGUGCAUUCCUCGCUGAAAACUCGCCGAAGGCCAACGCAACUGUCUUUGAGCGCUUUCGCGCAGUACUCAACGAGGGCACGAUCAGCCAACGAGUGCAGUACAUGAUUGAGGUGCUUAUGCAGGUCCGCAAGGACAAGUACAAGGACAACGUGAUCGUUCCGGAGGGCUUGGACCUAGUGGAGGAGGACGACCAGAUCACGCAUCAAAUUCAGCUUGAGGAAGAGCUGCAGGUGCAAGAAGGGCUGAAUAUCUUCAAGUUCGACCCGAACUACAUCGAAAAUGAAGAGAGGUAUAAGUCUAUCAAGGCUGAGAUCCUGGGCGAGGGCUCGGAUGACGAGGAGAGCGGAUCAGAAGAAACCACUGACGAUGAGGAGGAGGAGGAAGCCGUUGAAGACAAAGCUGGUAUCGAAGACCGCACGGAGACGAACCUCACCAAUCUCCGUCGUAUCAUUUACUUGACCAUCAUGAACGCAUUGAAUUACGAGGAAGCCGUCCACAAGCUGUUGAAGGUCCAGAUUCAGGAGGGCCAGGAAAUUGAGCUCUGCAAUAUGAUCAUCGAGUGUUGCUCGCAAGAACGGUCGUACUCUACAUUCUACGGCCUGUUGACGAAUCGUCUGCGGAACAUCGCACGCUUCUUCGGACACCUCAUCGCGACUGACUCCGUCUCGUGGGCUGUCCUCGGAUGUAUCAAGCUCACCGAGGAUGAUACGACGUCGAGUAGUCGUAUCUUCAUCAAGAUCAUGAUGCAGGAGGUCACUGAGUCCAUGGGUCUCAAGGCUUCGGUCGAGCGGUUCAAGGACGAGGAGGUGAGGAUGACGUGCAGGGGCAUGUUCCCUAUGGACAACCCGAAGGACACCCGGUUUGCGAUCAACUAUUUCACGAGUAUCGGCUUGGGUGCGGCCACGGAGGAGAUGCGUGAACACUUGAAGAAUGCGCCAAGAAUUAUUAUGGAACAGCGUCGCGCAAUGCUCGAGGCCGAAUCCUCGUCCUCCGACUCAGAUUCAGAUUCGGAUGACGACGACAGCUCGUCCGACUCUGACUCUGACCCUAGCUCAUCCGACUCUGAUUCAGACGAGUCACGGCGUUCACCCCCGAGACGUCGUUCGUACAGCCCGCCGCGCCGCGACCGAGCACGGGACCGUGAUAUCUCGCCCCCUCCACGUCGGCGCCCGUCUCCCUCUCCUCCACCGCGGCACCGUGAUGACAGGCGGCCAACCCCUUCACCGCCGCGCUAUCGCAACGGUGACAGAGACAGAGAUGUUCGCAUGGCCGACGCCGACCGGGACAUGGAUAGGUAUAGGUCACGCCGCGACUCGCCCCCGGCCCGUCGCCGUGCGCCGUCUCCGCCUGUCCCGCGGUCCCCACCGCCGAGGGCGCGGUAUGAUAGCCCGCGCCACAGAGACUACGAUAGGAGACCGCGCGACGACUCGAGGGACCGGCGGGACAGGGAUGAUCCCAGGGAUCGCCGGCGGUCUGAUUCGAGGGACAGGUACCGGCGAGACACGAGGCGGUAAGGCGGGUGUAGUGGUGUAUGAUGCGAUUCACGCUUUGCGGUUUAUGGUAUGCUGCUUGAUGGAUGCGUAUGUACUGUUUGUGCUUUGUUAGCAUCGCUGUAACGCCAAAGCUAAAUGUUCUUCCAUGCAUUGUGGAUCUCCAUUUGCGAAUGUGAUGCCUAGGCCCAAGACACGCUGUCCGUCAAUUGAGCUGAAGUCCGUAAUCGUGCCAGUGGAUUCACGCUGAGCGGGGCACUACACGCAGCAACGACUGGCAGACCCGACCGGGCCUUCUGAAUGAGCAGCGAGCGGAGCGACGCCACAGACGCGUCUCGACACGCGUUACGUCAGCGAGUCGCGUCGGACGCGCACGCGGUCGUCAUGGGGCCGCCGUGACCUGAAUAAACAGAUCCAAC